ACCAUCACCGGUUCACCCAUCCGCCGUCCGGCACCAACCCGUCCGCCGUAGGAAGCCGUGAAUCGUGGAGGACGUGCGUCGGUGCAGCUCCACCACAUCUGAUCCCUUCAGCGCGGCGACAACAGCAAAGGCACAGGGCUGUGUUAGUUCGGUGUCAAGUGACAGUUUGUGCUGCACACUGUGCUUCUUCUACCAAAUGGAUGCAGCCGCUCUUGCUCGUAGAACUAGAGCAGUGGACGAACUACGAUGUCUAUCUACAGUUGCCGAUAUGGAAGCAGCUGCUCUUGCUCGUAGAACUAGAGCAGUGGAGGAACUACGACGUCUAUCUACAGUUGCCGAUAUGGAAGCAGCUGCUCUUGCUCGUAGAACUAGAGCAGUGGAGGAACUACGGUGUCUAUCUACAGUUGCUGAAUCUGAUGGCACAACAGCAAAGAGUCUAUCAACACCAGCAGCAGCAGAGCAGGAAUGUGACCACUUCUCCCUGAGGGGAUAUGUUGCUAUGCUUCAGAAGAAGGACCCAAAGCUUUGCUCUCCUCAUAUUUUCCAUAAUCAGCCACAAUAUGAGCACCAUGAUUCAUCUCCAGUUUUGGUGUCAAAGUCGUAUCAUCGAUGGGAUUGCCCAAAAUGUCUUGAUAGAGUGAAAGUUUCAGGCCAUAGACCUACAUCGAUCUGAAAAUGUUUCUAUGGAGCAGGAUGGAAUGAACGAUGGCUGCUUUAUUCCACACAUGACAGUAUGACACACCCAUCUAUCCAUCCAUCCAUUCAGAACGUUGAUCCUGCAUAUUCAGACUGCCUCUCCACCAGCAGAGUUGCAGAACUGAGGUGGCCUCCUGCUCAAUGAAUGAGAACAGUCAUGAUGAGGCUAUAUAUAAGCUAUGCUGCUAGCCAGCUACUAUAUUACUCCUUGCUGCAUCGAUGAUUGAAGAUUAUAUGAGUUCCAGAACCAUUGAACCGAUAGCAUUUUUCCUUUGUAUUCAGUGUCCUUGGCACAUGGACUCAUUGAUCGAUGGGGGUGCUGUUCGGUUAGGAAGCAGCAGGACAUUCAGUAUUUUGCAUUCGUGUGAAUUUACUGCAUGCUUAUCUUUUAUCUUACAGAAAAAAUUGGGUAUCCUGUCGUUGGAAAAUUGCCUUUUUCU